GGAAUGACCUUAAGGAUGGCCUCCACUGACCUACUUUACUAUCGAUUUCUUUAUUAUCAGUUUGUAUGUACAACUGCAGGUCGAAACAGGUAUAUCUACGUAUUGCUGCAGUGUUGGGCCUAUCCAGAGCAGACAUUUGUUGAUAUUACUAACUAGUCAGCAGCAUUGUCAAAUUCACCCGAACUUUUGACUUUAAGUUUUGAUCAAACUUUUACAAUGUCAACAGGAAAGUGACAGAUUUAUCAGCAAAGCUAGAGGGAAGUUCAUCAUGUGAUUGUGAAUCCCAGGACUGGAUAACUAUAGACAAUGUAAGUGAACCCUCUGAAGUGUGGAAUAGAAAACUUAGAUUCAUCAUCACAGUAACCCUGUGACAUCAGCGACCGUGAGGUAGUUAUUCUACAGUGUUUUUACAUUACUAUAAAUUCAACAAACAUAUACUACUGGAUGGGACAGUUAUAUUUCAUUUCUUUACAUAACAAACUCUUAUUUGUGAGUGUUUACUGAUAACAAUAUCUUUAUACAAGGACAACAAACAUCUUCAAGGCUUCAACAAAUAAUUAAGCUUUUCAUCAAAAUGGCAACCCCUAAAAUUCCUCUCCGUAUUAAAGGUCAAACGACAUGUAUUCACCACAAGGGAAGACAGCUAGAAAUGUAUUGUGAAAAAUGUCAGGAGCUGGUUUGUCUAAAAUGUCUUUCCUCUAUUCACAAAACCCAUCCAGUUUGUGAGCUAAGUGAAAUCACUUCUCAGAAAGAACCAGACAUUAUUUCUUUUAUAGACAGAACAGAAAAAAAUGACCUUGUACAAAUUGGAAAAUACAUCACCACUACUGAUACCCUGCUUAAAGACAACACCAGUACUUUUGAGAAGCUGUCAAAAAAGUUAAAGAUACAAACAGAUAAACUAAAACAAGAGCUGGACAUGCUUACAGAACAGACACUCUCUCUUUACCACAAAAUGGAAGAGGAUAAUACUAAGCUGAUAAAGAAAUACAAACAGGACCUUGAGAUAUACGAGAAGCAACUCAAACAACAAAUUCAAGAAUGUAAAGCAACUCUCCAGUGUGGUUCACACAUACAGAUUUAUGAUGCAUAUUGUGAUAUCCAUUCUCCUUCACACAGUCUCCCUGUAAAACCUGUCCUGGAUACUGCCAACUUCACUCCACACAAAUAUCCUCAAGAUCACUUGAAAAAAGCCUUGGGAAAAGUUAUCACCACAGGUCAAGGUCAAACUUUAACUGACCAGGAUCGGUCAGUCUCAACAUCUGGUGAUCUGGGACAACCCUCUACACAACAACGGUCAGGAGCAAAAGUGAAGAAAACAGUGACAACAUACAAACUACUGCCACAGACCAAGGUAGUGGAGGAGUUGUGGUCUCCAUGUUACCACAUUGGUUCAAUACGCCCCACCACUGAUGGUCAGGUGUGGACCAAGAGCAGAGAUACAUUAACUCUCCUGGACAGGAAGGGUAAAGUAAAACAGCAGGUCAAACACAAUGUCUGGAUCUAUGACAUCAGUCUGUCACCCACCACAAACACACUGUGGGUCUGUGAUACAGAAAACAACAUCAUGGAGCUGGUAUCCGGACGACGAACACACAGAUUCAGUACCAAGGAGGUACCCGAGUGUAUAUGUGUUACAGCCAAUAACCAUGUCAUUGUGGGGAUGGCCAACAACAUCUCCAAAUUUACCACAGAUGGUAAAAUGGUGUGUACUACUAAGGCUAAAGGGAUUGGGAAACCAUUAUUGUUUACACCAUACAGGAUCUCAGAGUGUCCUGUCACUCACAAUGUGGCAGUCGCUGAUUUCAGUAGUGAAAGUCAUGGUGGUGAUAGAAAACGACAUGUUGUUGUGAUGGACACUGAUUUCAAGAAGCUGUUUGUAUAUAGAGGUGACAUCCCCAGUACAUAUAAACCAACACCACAAACAGGAGGUGAACCAUUUAACCCCUAUGGUGGGGAACAUUAUCAUAGGAGACUAUUACAACUACAGGGUCCUACUCAUCAGUGGAGGUGGUGAGUUCCUCAGGGUCAUACACACAGACGCAGCCUUAACACGGGCUGUAGGAAUAGACAGAGAGGAUGUCCUGUGGGCAGUGUUUGUGUCAUUUGGUGUUAGCACAGUCAAACUACUACAGUACAGCAGUGUGUGACACCUGUAACUAAACAACUAUCUAGUUACCAUGACAAUGACAUGGAAAUCAGGGACAAAGGAAACUUAUCAUGAUCACAAAUCAGCUAACGAUGUGUGGCAUUCACAGGAUUAUAAGUAAAAUGUCUAGACUACAGAAUGCUGACAUUCACAGGAUUAUAGGUAAAAUGUCGUCU